AUGGCAAAAUCAAUUUUAGGAGUAUUGAGCGCUUUGUCACUCAUGAUGAUACCAACUCUAGCACUUGAACUACAACCUCUCUGGACAAAUUAUGUCGCAAACUUUGAAGCUGCUGCUGCUGAUCGAGGAUCUGAUGGAAGCAUGCCAGAAACAGCUGACUCCUGGUUCUUACCAUACCGCUGGGACGAACAUCGUGAAAUGUUGCGCUCAAUGUGGAUUGCCCCGUUCGUUAUAUUUGUCUUGUGGUGGUUCUUGCAGAUGUCCAUGCAUGCACUUCAAUGGCUUUCUGGUCGAGGAGUUCGUCGUGGUGAAGAAAGUCGAAGUCUUCUUGCUAGGGAAGAAGAAGCAACAGGAGUUGAACCCUCUGAAAUGGUUGACCGAUUGGCCAAGGCAUCAAUGGCACUCAGGACUGCAUUCAUCAUGUCACUUGCCACAGCAGUAGUGGCAUCUCUCCCAUUGGCGUUUGACUGUCCCAUGUCAAAGACACCUGAGCGAUCUCCAGUGCCAAUCCCUCCUGGUGCACGAUGUGGAACUUGCUUUGACAAUGGUGUCACACUCUCAGUCGUAAUCCUCCAAUGGGUCUUUUUGGGAUUGACUGUUCUCUGGGCAUUGUUGGAAACGAUUACUAUUGAUAGUGCAAGUGUGGCCAUCACCAGAUCCAUUCUCGCUCUGGCAUCCUUCCCUGUCAUCGCAGCCAUAUUCAUCAUUCGUCGAAUCACUCGAGUCAUUGGCUUCCUUCUGAUUGUCCUCUUUGUCGCUCAGAUCUAUCGUACAUCGUCACGAAAGACUCAACAUUUCGAUGUACCUGAAACUCUGGAUCAGAAGCUCAGCAGGCCUGAUCAGCCUCCUCCUAAAUACAUAACAUGUAUAUUUGGCCCUUGGACUGGAAUGGCCAACAAUGUGAUUUCGAUUCAGACCAGUAUGGCCUUUGCUAUACAUUAUAACCGCACUCUCAUUGUGCCUCCACUGGAUAAUUGGGAAGUAACACCCUCAUACUGGUUUGGUAAAGUAGAUGGCGAAAAGGAUUCAACGAAUCUAGAUAGACAGAGAAUAAGAUUAUCAUGGGGAUCUGACGCAUUCAGUGAUCCAUAUCGUCGCUUCUCCAAAUACUUUGAAUUCGUAUCAAGGUCUAUUGAAGUUAUAGAAAUGUCUGACGUGGAUCCUACACGAGCCGCAUCAGUAGAACUAGCUCCAUUAUGGCAUGAUGGAAAAAUGUGGUGUUGGCAAAAUCCAGCUCCAGAUACCGACUUUUUGGAAACGAUGGAGGCUAGAUACCCUGUGUCGUUAUGGUCGAACGAGUCGGUAGCUUGUAUAGGUGUCCCGUUUGAGAUACGACUGCAUACGGCGCGGCCAAAGAUCCGGUUAUCGCAAUGGGCUACUCAACAUGCUGUGUCGUUGCUGGCUCUGAAUGGACUGACGGGUAGUAAAUAUCUGGGUAUACAUCUACGACGUGGUAAUUGGGACGAGUACACAUCAUGGGGUCGCUUCGCUCUAUCUACGUUUGCUCAGGGUACGCUGAAGGAUGAUCCCAUAGAACGACGAGCACCCAGAGACGAGUAUGUCGUCAAGGCUGGACAAGUAUUAAGGAAGCGUCUAGCAGAGGAGUAUUCCAUACCGGAUUUUCCAGUAGUAGUGACUACGAAUGAAAAGAGUAAUGAUAGUAUACGGACGUUUCAGGAUGCAGGAUGGAUUGUAUUGCAGACUAGAUUGCCAGACAUCCCCCCAUUUGCUCAAAUAGCACUUGAUCUAGCAGUUUUAGCAGGCGGAACUGGAUUUGUAGGUCAAUAUGGAUCGACUUUUACAAUGCUGGCGUUGGAGUUUCGCAAUUGUGAUAUCGAGCACCCCAAAUAUCCUUGUGGGACCUUCUUUGGCGAUGCUGAUCUCUUAGAAGAAGUCAUGUCUGCACCUGUAUCAUCAACUCCAGCUGUGAUCGCAGCAGCUGCUCCAGCAAGGGAUGCCAAAUCCUUUGACUGGCAAAAAUCACUAAACCGUGCUCUAGGAGGAGGAAUGGCUGGAGCUUCUGCUAUGGUGGUCCAAGUCCUCACUCUGAUGCCUAUGCGCACAAUAAUGAACUACCAAUACCGCCAUGGUGGAACGAUGGUUGAAUCCGCAGCUGUAUUAUGGAAGGAUGGUGUUGCACAUGGUGGUACUGCAUUCUCUGGAAUGCGGCGAUAUUACAGAGGUUUGGCACCUGCUCUCAUUCAAGGUCCUCUAUCACGAUUCGGUGAUACUGCAGCAAACCAAGGUGCUUUGGCUUUACUUGAUUCAUCAAGUUUGACCGCAGAUCUUCCUAUUGCAGUCAAGACAUUGGGGGCUUCCUUCUUUGCCGCCUCCUUCCGUAUCUUCUUGACACCAGUUGAUACCGUCAAGACGAUUCUGCAAACCAACGGUGCUCAAGGAAUGCCAGUGCUUCGAGCUCGUUUGGCCAAACACGGUCUACCAACACUUUGGUAUGGUGCUGUCGCUACUGCAGCUGCCACAUUUGUUGGACACUACCCAUGGUAUGCUGUUUACAACUACCUCCAAGUCACCUGGCCCAAAUACAAUGACAUGAUGCCAAAAUUGGCUCGAAACGCAGCAAUUGGUUUCACAGCCUCAGUCGUCUCAGACACCAUCUCAAACUCGUUACGAGUCAUCAAAACUUAUCGUCAAACUCACCAUGAAAAAGUAUCAUACGCUCGCGCUGUGCGUGAAGUCGUUGCUAAAGAUGGUGUUACUGGAUUGUUUGGUCGAGGUCUCAAAACACGUAUUCUUACGAAUGGUUUACAGGGGUUGAUGUUUUCCGUUUUGUGGAAACUAUUUGAGGAUGAAUUGUUCGGUGGAAAGAGCCGUAAAUAA